AUGGCAAACAAACGUGGUCCAGGCAUCUGCCCACCCAGCUGCUCCAUCCUCUUCGUAUUUCUGCAGCUCCUGUCCUGCAGCGUCUCUGGAAACGGGAAAGCCGACUUCUCUGUCUUUGCACCUGACAAACCUCUUCUGGCCGUGGUUGGGGAAGAGGUGGAUCUACCAUGCCAUCUGUCCCUCAAUAUCAGUGCCGAGGACAUGGAGCUGCGGUGGUACAGGGACCAGCCAUCCCCAGCCGUGCAUCUGCAUAAGAAUGGGAUUGAUGUGCCGGAUGAACAGAUGGCAGAGUACCAGGGAAGGACCACCUUCCUGAGCACCAGCCUGGCCCAGGGCCAAGCCACAGUGAGGAUUCACAAUGUCACUGCUCUUGAUAAUGGGACCUUCCACUGCAGCUUCAAAGAUGGCAUCGUGUCUGCAGAGACCACACUGUGGCUGAGGGUGGCAGGACUGGGCUCGGAGCCCAGAAUCCAAGUGGGACCUGGCCAGAGUGAAGGUGUCUGGGCACAGUGCACUUCGGAGGGCUGGUACCCAGAGCCCCAGGUGGAGUGGAAAGACUUCGGGGGACAAUCCCUACCUUCUUUGACGAACCUGUCUGCCUAUCCAACAACGGGACUCUUCAGAGUGGUGUCCAACGUGACUAUCCUGGACAGGGAUGUGGAGGGCUUCUCCUGCUCCAUCAUCAGCUCCCUCCUCCAGAGGAGGAAGGUGGUCAAGAGCUACUUGCCUGUCAGCCCAUCCCUGGACCCUGACACCGCAAGCCCCAAACUUGCUCUGUAUGAGGACGGGAAGAGUGUGAGGCGGCUAUUCUUUGACCAAGAGCUGCCCGACAUCCCCAGCAGAUUCGACCAGGACCCCUGUGUGCUGGCCCGGGAGCAGUUCUCUGCUGGGAAGUAUUACUGGGUGGUCCAGGUGGGGCACAGGAAGGCCUGGAACUUGGGCGUGUGUCUGGACAGCUUGGAUCCGAAGGGAAGGAUCCCCAAGGCCCCCAAGAAUGGACUCUGGGCCCUAGAGCUGUACAAGCAGACAUUCUGGGCACUCACCUUCCCGAGGGUUCGCCUGUACCCUUCUGAACCCCUGCAUCAGGUCGGCAUUCUCCUGGACUGUGAGGCUGGCAGAGUCUCCUUCUACAAUGUGGGCAGUGGAUCCCUCAUCUACACAUUCUCUGGACUCUCUUUCUCCAAUGCCAGGACUUAG